AUGGCAGGACAUCGUGCAACAUUGAAGAAGGCUAAGAAGUCUUUCAAGAGUGGACAUGCCUCUAAAAGAUCACUCAAAGCAAAAAGUAAAGGUAAAGUGGAGAAAAAGAGUGGAAUUCCGGGUCCGAAGAGUUUGAAGAGGCAAUCCAGGCUCGAAAGGAAGAAUACAGCAAACCAACUGAAGAAGAACAAGAUAUUGAAGUCCUUGAACAAGAGGGCGUUGUUUGAUGUGGCGAAAACGGAGAAAAUCGUUACAUUCAUUCCGUUAACCAGAAAUAUAUCAUGCGGCAGAAUGCUGAGUGAAAUGUUGAAGCCUCUAGGUGAAGUUUCAGUGCCAGAACAGGUGGAUGGCCCCUUAGUGAAAUCCGUCCACAUUGAACGUUUCAAAUCCAACCUUAAGAUUGUUCUACCGGACAUGACAAGUCUGAUUUCGAUUCUGGAUGCAGCGAAAAUUGCAGAUUUUGUGAUUCUUGGUCUGAGUGCCACGGAAGAGGUUGAACCAAAGUGGGGGGAGCAAAUUGUGAGGGCCAUCGAGGCACAGGGUAUAUCCAGCGUAUACGGAAUAGUGCCUGAUGUGGUGUCUGCGUACCCAUCGAAGAAAAAUCUACAGGACGAUAUUCUAAAGUCUCUUUCUUCGUAUUACGGACACUUUUUCCCGGACUAUGAGAAGCUAUUUGUCACAGAGAGACCGUCGGAUGCUCUGAAUCUCCUCCGGAGUGUUUGCCAGAAGCUGCCGAAGCCGGUUAGUUGGAGAGAUGAGCGCGGAUAUAUGGUUGCAGACAGUGUGAAUACUGCAGUUAAGGAAGGAAGCACAGAUGAGGGCUAUUUGGUGAUUGAGGGAACUGUGAGAGGGUCUGGAUUCAGCGCGGACAACUUGGUGAGCUUGCCUGAUGUAGGAGAGUUUGCAAUUGGCCGGAUAGAAAAGCUGGAAACGCGCAAAAUUCAUCAGAAGGCAGAAAAUGAGGGAAACUCUGUGGUGUUCGCUCCAGGCACAGAAAAGGACACGUUAAACAAACUUGGACCUCUACCUGAGGCUGCAGAUGGGCAAGAUGACGACAUGAUGGAGGAUGAAGACUCGAAUUUCCUCGGGUACGACCAGGAUAACGAUGAGAACACGUACGACUUGGUUGAUAGGAGUGAGAAGUCGAAUGUUGGGCAUCAGUUGGGAAGAAGGCUCCCCAAAGGAAUGUCUGCGUACCAAGCAAAGUGGUUGCUAGACGAUGACAUAAAGGAGCUCGUGAAGGAGAACGGAGUUGAAGAAGAAGAUACUGAGGAUGUUGAGCCAGGUGAAUACAGACCUGAAGACGCAUUUGAGGCUGGGGAACAGAGAAUUGCAGAGGGGAGAGCCGAAGAAAGCAGUUUAAAUGAAGCAGACGGGAUGGAUGUUGAACCGGAGGAUGCUGAAGAGUUGUCUGCAGAGGAAGAGGCCCGGCAGUUACAGGAAUUCAAGAAGAAGGCUAAGGAAGAGCUCGAGUUCCCAGAUGAGAUCGAACUUCGGCCAACCGAAAGAGCAACUGAAAGACUGUCCAGAUACAGGGGAGUGAAGUCUUUGGCGGACUGUUUGUGGGAUUAUGAUGAGCAGGAUGCACACAGACCAUCUGAAUGGCUCAGAUAUCUUCGUGUGAAGAAUUAUCGGGCCAGCAGUAGGCGGAUACGGGCAGAAUUCAGGUCUGGGUUGAAUGUGAGGGCCGGAGACAGAUGCAUACUGUAUGUUGAAGUGCCGGCGAGUGUAUUAAGCAAGCUUAGAGACCCAUCUAGGUGGCCGUUUGUGGUAUACGAGCUGCUGAAGCACGAGCACAAAUUGACAGUGUGCCAAAUUGCUUGCAAGAUCUGGGAAAGCUACGAUCUUCCUCUCAAGUCGAAGGAGCGGAUGUUUAUGCAGUAUGGGGCAAGGAGAGUGGAGGUUGAGCCUAUAUUUUCACAGCCCUCAAGAAACACAAACAAUGUGGCGAAAUUCCUCCGUUUCCUACAAAAGGGUGCAUCCGGUAUAGCAACGGUUGUUGCUCCAAUGAGCUUCACGAACUCACCGGUGCUUUUUUAUAGACAAACGGCGGAAAAUGGAGUCGAGCUUGUUGCCGACGGAACAUUUUCGAAUGCCGACUUCACGAGAAUCGUUGCCAAGAGAAGCGUUUUAACGGGUGAGGUGCUCAAAAUCCACAGGUCUGCCGUCACCGUUAGAUACAUGUUCUUCAACGAGAAAGACGUUCAUGCAUUCAGAAAUGUGCCGCUAUUUACACAAAUGGGCCACUCUGGUACCAUUAAGCAGUCAUUAGGAACUCACGGAUACUUCAAGGCGACAUUUGAUGGUAAGAUUAACGCGCAGGAUGUUAUUGCAAUGGCUUUAUACAAGAGAAUGUGGCCUAGGAACUGUGUCCAUGUGUAG